AUCUCAUCUCGCUUCAUCUCUUCUCGUCUCCUUGCUACCCCACACUCUCUUUGCUUACUCUUUCUCCCUAACUUUCAACCCCCAACUCUAUCUCAACAUGGCCUCCAUCUUCCAGCCAGGCAUCUACAAGGGCAAGGUCCUCUUCAUCACCGGCGGCCGCUCCGGAAUCGGAUACUCGAUCGCCGAGGAAAUGAUGCGCUUCGGUGCGAGCGCGUGCAUCCUCGGCCGCGACGCCAAGGGGCUCCAGGAGUCGGCGGCCGCGCUCGAGAAGUCGACUGGCAGCAAGUGUCUUGCGGCGCCUGCUGAUGUGCGUUCCAAGGAGGACCUCGCCAAGGCUGUCAAGGCGUGUCUCGACAAGUUUGGCCGUAUCGACUUUGUUGUUUGCGCUGCCGCCGGCAACUUCCUCGCGCCCAUCUCUGGCAUGUCUGAGAACGCGUUCCGCACCGUCAUCGAGAUCGACACGAUUGGCACCUACAACACGCUGAAGGCGACGCUCCCCGCCGUCCGCGAGACCAAGGGCGCCUACCUCCACAUCUCAGCCACCCUCCACUACGCUGGCACGCCGUACCAGGCGCACGUGAGCGCUGCCAAGGCGGCGAUCGAUGCGCUCUCCAACGUCAUCGCCGUCGAGGAGGGCCCGCGCGGCGUGCGCUCCAACGUCUGUGCACCUGGCCCCAUCGCCAACACCGAGGGCAUGAAGCGCCUGGGCACGAAGGGCCGUGAGAUCGAGCGCGGUAUUCCUCUCGGCAAGCAGGGUGACACGACCGACAUCGCGUACUAUGCCCUCUGGCUCUUCUCGCCCGCCGCCGCCUGGGUCACUGGCUCGACCAUGGUUAUCGACGGCGGUCAGAUGCACAUCCGCGGCACCAGCCUGCCGUACCCCGAGAGCGUGCUCGACCCCGAGAGCGUCAAGGAGCUGUACAAGGGGAAGCUUUGAGGGGAGCGCAGCGCGAGAUGCGGCGGCAGUCGUUACUUUCUGAGAGGUCGACUGGGCUUGGUCUGAAGAUAUGAAUGCAGGAUGUUGAACAUG